CUCCGAGCUGCUGAGGGCCAAAAAGAGAAAGGGCAUUGACCACGCUCUUACUCUUCUCCUCUCUGCCAAAUUAAGAUCUCAAAUUGAACUGGCUCAGCUCACAGAACAGGUCACUCAGUCUCCCACCUCAGAAUGAUGCCCAGACCAAGUGGCCCCGUACUGUACCGUCUCGCCACCAUCUGCCUGGCUACGCUUUGCACCGUCCUGCUGAUCUCCAUCAUAGCCAUCACUGCACACUAUAAGAACAAGCCUCAAGGCAGCAGUGAGGCCACUGCAGAGGCGCAGAAACAGUCUCAGGUUGCUAAUGUGUCAGCUCUGACCGCUUCCAUAAACAAACUGAAGAAGGAGAAACAACAGCUGCAGAAAGAGAGGGACGAUCUGCAGAAAGAGAGGGACGAUCUGCAGAAAGAGAGGGACGAUCUGCAGAAAGAGAGGGACGAUCUGCAGAAAGAGAGGAACGAUCUGCAGAAAGAGAGGGACGACCUGCAGAAAGAGAGGGACGACCUGCAGAAAGAGAGGGACGAUCUGCUGAAAGAACGAGACGAGCUGCAAGCCAAACUGGCUACUAAGCCAACGCCACAAGCUCCUGAUGUAGUCAGACCAACAACUAAGGCUCCUAUCAUCUGCCCCCCGGACUGGCAAAUCUUUAACGACAGCUGCUACUUUAUCUCUAGAAACUCAAGGAGUUGGCCAGAGAGUCAGUCAUUCUGUGAGAGCAAAGGAGCUCACCUGGCCAUCAUCCACACACCUGAGGAACAGACAUUUUUAUGGGAUCUCCUACCCAGAGGCCACUGGAACGCCUACUGGUUUGGGAUCACUGAUGGACACACAGAGGAUGUCUGGAAAUGGGUGGAUGGCACUCCACUGGUUGGAGGUUUUUGGGAGGAAGGCGAGCCAAACAACCACAUCAACGAAGACUGUGGCUACAUCGUUAAAACUUACGUGUUAGAGCGAGUGGCAAUUCGGAGCUGGUACGACGCCCCGUGCUCCAUGUAUUGGCCCUUCAUCUGUGAGAAAGAGAUGGGUGUCUGAGGCAGCACGGCUGUCCCGUACUGAGAUGCCAACUCUGAACAACAAAGGGACAGUCCACAGUUUGUCCUAUAACAGCGUAUUGGGGCCAGUCUGAAAUCAAAACAAGUUUUCUUAAAAAGAGCCUAAAAAUAAUCUGAAAUUACAUAUAAAGUGGAAUAUUUGUCAGUAAAUCCUUUGCAGGAUAUGACGUCUAUUUUUUUAGCUUUUCCUUUUUUAUGGUGAGGGGAAACUUUAUGAGAGAUAAACCUCAACUGCAAGGCAAACUCCAUCAUGUGGUAUGCUUUUCUUCUGGGUUGCAUCCUGU